GUGUUCAGUUUCACUAUGGUUGGCAAGACGUUCACAUACUUACUGGGUAGUGAUGCUGCUGCUCUCCUCUUCAACAGUAAAAAUGAAGAUCUGAAUGCAGAGGAUGUCUACUCUCGUUUAACCACCCCAGUGUUUGGCAAGGGAGUUGCUUACGACGUCCCCAAUGCGGUAUUUUUGGAACAGAAGAAGAUGCUCAAAACUGGGCUAAAUAUUGCCCAGUUUAAACAGCAUGUGACUGUGAUUGAAGAAGAAACAAAGGAGUAUUUCAAAGCGUGGGGAGAGAGUGGAGAGAAAAACCUGUUUGAAGCCCUUUCAGAGCUGAUCAUUUUGACAGCAAGUCACUGCUUGCAUGGGAAGGAGAUCAGAAGCCUGCUGACUGCCAAGGUGGCUCAGCUCUACGCUGAUCUGGACGGGGGCUUCACUCAUGCUGCCUGGCUGCUGCCAGGCUGGCUGCCUUUGCCCAGCUUCAGGCACCGAGAUCGAGCACACAGAGAAAUCAAGAACAUUUUCUACCAGGUCAUCCAGAAACGCCGAGAGUCUGAGGAGAAGGAGGAUGACAUGCUCCAAACGCUGCUUGAUGCUUCCUACAAGGAUGGCCGGCCGCUGACGGAUGAUGAGAUUGCCGGGAUGCUCAUCGGGCUGCUGCUGGCAGGGCAGCACACAUCCUCCACCACCAGUGCCUGGCUUGGCUUCUUCAUAGCCAGGGACAAAGCCAUCCAGGAGCAGUGCUAUGCAGAGCAAAAAGCAGUGUGUGGGGAUGACUUGCCACCCUUAACUUACGACCAGCUGAAGGAUCUCAGUUUGCUGGAUCGCUGUCUAAAAGAAACUUUAAGGCUUAGACCUCCUAUCAUGACCAUGAUGAGAAUGGCCAAGACUCCCCAGAUUGUUGCUGGAUAUAACAUUCCCCCUGGCCAUCAGGUCUGUGUCUCUCCCACUGUUAACCACAGACUGAGGGACUCCUGGAAAGAUGCUCUGGACUUCAAGCCUGACCGGUACCUGCAAGAGAACCCAGCAGCUGGGGAGAAGUUUGCAUAUGUUCCAUUUGGUGCUGGCCGUCAUCGCUGCAUCGGAGAGAACUUCGCUUACGUGCAGAUUAAGACCAUUUGGUCCACCUUGCUUCGUCUGUAUGAGUUUGACCUUGUCAAUGGCUAUUUCCCAACCAUAAAUUACACAACGAUGAUCCACACCCCCAAUAACCCCGUUAUCAGAUACAAGAGGAGGUCACUGUAAAUGUGGGAGCUGAAAA